AUGGAAUACGGCAGAGACAGACCAUACGAAAUAGGAUUAGUGAAUGACGAAAAUACAUUGACAGAUGAUCAGGUAAAAGCAUUAUUUAAUGAGUUUAUUGAUACAUUUAGAAUAGGAGAGGACUACAUAUACAGAGAAGAACUAGCAAAGAAUGAGAAGUUGUUGAGGGUUACUGUAGAGCACAUGAGUAUAUUCGAUACAAGAUUAUUUGAGAGUGUAAUGAGCAGACCUCUUCACUAUCUGGAAAUAUUCCGGGGCUCAGUCAAUGCCUCUGGGAAGAAAGAAAGACACAUUGAAAUUGUCUCGCAGUCAACUGUUACGCCAAUAAGAAAACUUGACUCUGCUCACAUAAACAAAAUAUCCACAGUCCGUGGAAUAGUUCUAUCUGUGUCCAGUGUGUGCUCCAAGCUACUUGCACUGUACAUAUUCUGUAGGACCUGCCUAAACUCAAAGGUUGUGAAGGAUAUGCUCCCAAGGAAGUGCGAGUCAUGCAGUGGUACGGACAGCUUUGUGGCAUCGCCAGAGAAAAGUAUUCUGCAGGAUAUUCAGUACAUAAAAAUACAAGAAGCAUUUGAGGACUUGCCAACAGGAGAAAUAGCCAGGCACCUUAUGAUAACUGCAGCAGAUGGACUAGUGGACAGAGUUAUUCCUGGGUCUUCUGUUACGAUAACGGGCGUGUACUCUGUUGGAAAUACGAAAAUGAAUAUUCCUUACAUAAAGGCCAUGGGUAUCUCAGUGUGCGAGCAGCAGAUGGGAGUGCUUUCUGCACAAAGAGCAGUAAGGAAGGUGCAGAAGAAGUUCACUAGUCUCUCCCGCUCAAUAAUUCUGAAUAGCAUAUCCCCUGAGGUAUUUGGUCACAAGGAUGUGAAACUGGCCCUGGCGUGUGCUCUAUUCGGCGGUAUACAGAAGUCAUUUGAGGAUGGAAUUCGGGUGAGAGGUGAUAUUAAUGUGCUUCUCUUGGGAGACCCAGGAAUCGCAAAAAGUCAGUUGCUGAAGUUUCUCUCCGGUGUGUCCACCCGAGGUGUGUACACAAGUGGAAAGGGAGCAAGUGCAGCAGGUCUUACUGCGACUGUGUGUAAGGACAGGCUUGGAAACUUCUAUCUAGAGGGGGGUGCUUUGGUUUUGGCUGAUGGCGGGCUCUGCUGCAUUGAUGAGUUUGACAAAAUGCAGGAGAAGGACAGAGUGGCCAUACACGAGGCCAUGGAGCAGCAGACUAUCUCCAUCUCAAAGGCAGGAAUUGUCACGUCGCUUAACUCAAGAUGCGCUGUAGUCGCAGCUGCUAACCCGAUAUUCGGAAGGUAUGAUGAGAAUAAGGCACCUGGUGAGAACAUUGACUUUGGCGUAACCAUUUUAUCAAGGUUUGAUCUGAUAUUCGUUAUCAAGGACUCCAUGACAUCAGAUAAAAAGAUUGCAGAGCACGUGAUAGGCAGGUUUAUGAAUAAGAACCAGGAGAUAGAUGGGCAUAAUAUUAUGCAGCACCUAUCAAUAGAAGAACUUAAGGAUUACGCAGAAUAUGCGAGAACAAUCAACCCAGUGAUAGAGGAUGAAGCAGCACAAAGACUCCGGGCAUUCUACAUACAGACAAGAAAAACAGCACAUGCCUCCCGGGAGUCAGGAAAUGGAAGUGUGCCUAUUACAGUGCGUCAGCUAGAGGCAAUUGCAAGAAUCAGUGAGGCACUUGCAAGAAUGGAGCUGGAGAGCGUGGUGACAACUGAGCACGUUGAAGAAGCAAUCAGACUCUUCACAGAAAGUACGAUGAAAGCCGUUGCCAUGGGGCAUUAUGUGGAGGGCAUGCCCAGACAGGAAUGGAUCCGAGAAUUCUCGCAGGUUGAAGCAGCCAUAAAAGUCUGCCUUCCAGUUGGCCUUUCCAAGCCGUACAGACACUUGGUCAAGGAGCUCUGCAGGAACUACAACGAAGGAGUUGUCAUGCGCUGUCUGGAUGGUCUGAUUCGAAAGGAAAAGCUGUGUGUGGCAAAUGGCGGAAAAACAAUAUUAAGAAUGCCAUAA